CCCGAGCAAAUAAACAAGACAUGGACUUUGCAGUGGAGAUAAACUGAGAGGUUAAAAAAAAAAAAAAAAGACACACACUACCAUGGGUUUGGUGAACUUUGUAAUCUCCACUGUAGGAAAAUGCCUGGACGCCGUCUGCCUCCUGCUGGACGUGAAUUUCCUCAUCGUCCACAGCGUGGUGCGGACCCUCCUCGCGGCCCUCACCUUCAUCACCAACCUGCCCGCCCUCCUCCUCCACUCGCUGGUGGAGCUGGGCGACUUGUCCGCGUUCUGCUUGAUGUCCGCGGCGGAGGCGGCGACCGACGCGGCCCGCGGCGCCGUCGCCGCGCUGGGCGUCUUGGCGCUGGCCCUCGAGGGUCUCCUCGAGAGCCUGAAGAUGGUGGGCUACCUGUCCGCGCACGUCCUGCUCCGCGGCAAGGAGCACAUGUGCCGCGGCCUGCUGUCGCUGCUGGAGGGCUGCGGCAUCGCCGUCAGCCUGGCGGUCUACUUCGCCAACACCGCGGUCAACUUCGCGCUCAUCGCCACCCAGAACGCGGUGGCGGCGGCGGUCGCCGUGUGGCAGACCGUCUCCAGCCCGCUGCAGACGGCGCUGGAGCUCACGCUGACCUCCGCCACCUUCCUGUACAGCAGCCUGGUCGGCACGUCGGCGCUCCUGUGGUCGCCGUGUAAGCUGACGCUGGACUUCCUGGCGUCGCUGGUCCACGUGUUCCUCAGCGUCUUCGUCUCCAACGCCUACGGCCUCCUGCUGACCGCCGCCAUCGCGCUCACCACCACCGCCUACCUCAACCCGCGGCUGGCCCAGCGGGCCGCCGCGCGCCUCGGAGGUUACGCCGACGCGUUUCCCGCCGCGCGCCGACUUCGCCUGGCCGGCCGCCGCGUCACCUGGGCCGCGCGGGCGGCCCCGCGCCGCCUGCGCGGCGCCGCCCGCCGCCUGCGGAGAGUCGUCCGCCGCCUCUGCCUGCUGGAGCGGGGGCUCUGGCGGAAGCUGUCCGGACUGAGCGGCCGGCUGAGUUCGGCCCUGAGGACGCAGAUCAACGGGGACGCCGCCGCCGUCGCCGUCGACGACGGCGACCCGCGGGAGGAGAGGCGGGACCCGCCGGACGGGAGAGCGGCGGACGGGGCGCACCGAGAGCCGCCGGACUCGGUCGCCCCGUCGUCGAGCGCGGACCGGCCGCUGAAGAAGCAGCGGGCGGCGGCGGGCGAGAGCGGCGAACGGCAGCCGGCCGAGAACCUGCUGACUCUCCUGAAGGAGCAGGAGGAGAGGAAGAAGUGCGUCAUCUGCCAGGACCGCAGCAAGACGGUGGUGCUGCUGCCGUGCCGCCACCUGUGUCUGUGCAAAGGCUGCACGGUCAUCCUGCUGCGGCAGGCCCUGUACCAGCAGAACUGCCCGCUGUGUCGGCACAUGAUCCUCAACACGAUGGACGUGUACCUGUGAGGCGCCGGCGGGAGGCGGAGCCGCGGGCCGGCGGCCGCCGCGCUCGACUUUCAGGUUUUACCAUUGAGACCCCGGUGUGUGACCUGCGCUUUCCUACGAGGUCGUGUUGAACGACGUGUCUGGUAGUUCUGUACAUUUUUCUCAAAUCCCACGAUGACGACUCGUCGGUCGGUCCUCCUCCAACGCUCUUUUCCCCCCAUGUCCGCCGAGGAUGUGAAUCUUUAACGUCUCUAGAAAGUGUUUCUCAAAUGCAAACGGGUGUGAAUGGGAACGUUUCGGACUCUCGCCGAUAACGUCAAUCUAACAAAUUUAUUGGGAUUUAUUGAUGAUCUAAAAUAACUUCUCUUUAACAUUUUGGUGUUCAGAUCUGAGCACGUAAAGAAAAACACUGUGUCCCAACUCCAUCUGACAAUCAACAGCUGUAGACACGA